AACUACAAUUCCUAGUGUGCAGUGCGCACGGGGGUGAAAAUUGCCUAUAGAUUGAGGAUGAGGUGCCGAUGGCUGGGACUGGUCUGAGGCUUUCACCGGAGGAUGGCAGCGUGUGACAGGGAGAUAGUCUAUCACAAGGAUAGCUCCCAGAGUGAAGAUAUUGAUGAGUGGGAUGAUGCGGCACUUAUUAAGUCCUAUGAGAAGGCUGUCCAGUCUUUCCAGGACAUGCUAAGAUGCAGUGAUAAAAACAGGAGGCCAGAGGGUUCCUCUGCACCAGGAGACCCCCAGAAAGAAAGCAAGCGAGAGGGGCCUCGUGAAACAGAUUGGGAGAGAGAAGGUCACCGAGAUCACAUGAAAGAUGAGGUUGAAAAAUGGAACAAAAAGAAGAAGGCGCAGCCCCCUCCACCUCUCACCCGCCCCCUGGCUUCCAAAUGGAAAGUAGGGGACGCCUGUAGUGCUGUGUGGUCAGAAGAUGGAUGCGUUUACCCAGCUACUGUAAAAUCUAUUGAUCGGGAGGCUGGGACAUGUGUGGUCCAGUAUGAUGGCUAUGGGAAUACAGAGAGACACCAGCUGGAUGAGAUAGUGUCUGUAGGGAGCAGUGGAGAUAGCACUCCUCCUGCCAGACAGUGGAAAGUUGGCGACCGUUGUUCAGUGCAGUGGUCGGAGGAUGGACAGCUAUACAGUGCGAUUAUUCGCUCUUUGGAUGAGGUGUUGGGCACCUGUGUGGUGGUGUAUGAGGGAUAUAAGAAUGAGGAAGAGCACAACUUGGCUGACUUGAUGCCUCCAACCAAUUCCCCCUCACACUCUCGCGGCAAGAAGCAGGAUGAGGAGGACACAGAUUGGCUUUACACAAGGAGAAGUUCCACCUCUUCACCAGACUUGUCUCGCAAUUGGAGGAAGCAGGGGAAGAAAUCUGAUUGGAUGUAUGCCUUUCCGCCACCACCCCCACCUCCACCACCCCCUCCACCUCCCCCUCCAUCGUUACCACCCCCUCCACCACCAAAGGGUUGUUUCUGGCCCCCACCACCUCCCCCAGUAAGGGCUCAUCUGCCGACCUGGCACAAUUGGCCCCAGUCUGCCCCUUUGCCACCCCCUCCUCCCCCACCACCAUUCUUCAGCGCAGAAUGGGAGGACUAUGAUGAGGAGGAACAGGAGGAUGAAGAUGUAUUGGCUUGUAUGCUGAUGGCUUGGUAUAUGACUGGAUAUCACACUGGCUUCUACAAGGGCUUGAAACAGGGUAGAGCUGAGGCACUGAGACCAAAUCUGAGAAAAGGGCCCAGAAGAAAGUAGAACAGCACAAUCAGGUGUGUAAUCUCUCAACUGCCAGAGAAUGGCAUCUACAGACCGUCCAAGAGUGUAGUGACAAUAUGUCCUCAAGCCCAUUCUUCUCUCCUCAGGAUUAAAGGAUUAUCUCUCCCAUGGAGAAGGCAGGACGUGUGCAAACUCUGCAGGUCCCUCAUUGCACCUUGGACAGACCUCCCCUCUUUUCUCCUAGUUUAAUGUAUAUGCUCGCUGAUGCUUAAAUUCCAAGAUAAAAAU